AAUAAUAAUAAUAAUUUCAACUUAAACAACCCCUCUCUCUUCCCUUCAUUCUUCUUCCUCUUCUCAUUCCACUCCACAUUGUCGUUGCUGGCCAUUACAUCUGUACGAUACCUCGAGCCUCCCCACCACCCCACAGAUCCACAGACGUCAGACGGAACACAAAAACCCAGCAUGCGAAUCCCGCCCCUCCUACUGCUGCUCGCCAGCGCGGCUUCUCUAUCCUCCCUAGCCUCCGCCAAAGCGCAAGGCCACUACGGCGGCCAAGUGGACGUGAACCGGGACCGGAACCAGCCGCCGGAAGCUGGGGCGCACGACCAGCCGCCUCCGGGGUACGGACGCUCGCACGGCGGGAAGCUACCGCACGAGGAGGUGUUCGACGAGUGGAAGGUUGAGCCGGGCGAGGAGGAUCGCGACGCAAAGCUCUACAGGUCCCAGGAGGACCAGUUUGCGGAUCUGCAUAACCGGAUUUUGGCGCUGACGCAUCAUCUCGGCGCUGUGCAGAUACAGAUUGGAAAGAUGUACGACCGCAUCGACGAGCUGCACUGGAAGGGCGAAGGCGACCGCGAGGAGCUGCGGCACACCCGCGUUCCGCGGACUCAGGUCGACAACAUGGAGGCACGGAUAAACAGUAUCGAGAAGGUAUCGUUGCAGAUUGCGAACGUCAUGACCUCGAACGACUGGGCUCCGCACUUUGAGGACCUCCGGCACACAAUCACUGAGCAUCAUCAUAAUCUGCUCUUUGCGGUGCCGCAGGCUGUCAACCACGUGAUGACCACCGGCGGACCGCGGAUCGGAAUGCUCCUGGGGAUUGUGGUGCUGAUGCAGGUGAUCUGGGCCGCGGCGUUCUUGGUCUAUAAAUGGUGGAAGCACAACAAGCCGCGCAAGUACCUUUGAAGAUGUUUCUGUUGUACGAGUACUGGGUAUGAUGGGUAGUAUGGUAUGGUGCUUUAGGAGGCGGUGGGGUAGAGUAGUUACUCGUUACUUAACAUCAGACGAGGGGAAGGCCGGCAGCCGGACUUAUUCUGCACGUUUCCUUCCUUCCUUGCUGCCUUGCUUCCUACAUACUGAGGGGGACAAAACAACGCGACCCAGACAGGGGUGUUUUCCGUACAGCGCCACAUCAGAAGUCAUGUCCACCACACCAUUUUACGCGACGGCGACGUGAUGUUUUG